UGUUUAAUUAACAUCUAUGAGGAUCACAUGGCAAUGGGGGCGAAACUGCCACCGCCACCCCCACCCGCUCAUACUCAUACUCAUCAUAUAUAUAUUGCAUUCUCAACCACACCAUCCAUCAUUUUCUCUCUUAAGGAAAAAAAGAAAAAAGAAAAACUAUCAUGCAUAAUUUUUCCGGGCUGCCACAAUUUUGUAGUCCAAUCUCCCAAAAUCAUCAAAUUGGGCUACCAAUCUGGUAACCCGGAAGCAAGAUUAGGCCCGUGUUUUUCUUGAUUCUGCCAUCUAUCUCUUUCACUGUACCAAAAGAAAACUGUUAAUCUGCUUCUCUCUCUCUACCCAAUUUUUGUCUCGUGUCAAAUCUUGAAACCUCUAAACAUACCUGCAAAAUAUGAUUUUGUCUUUUCUAAACCCAGAACCGUUAGAAUUGUUUGAUUGAUUUCCCCCUCUAAAUAUAUCUGCAAAAUAUGAUUUUGUCUUCCUUUGAUCUGCAUUUGGAACGGUUCUGAUUUGACCAGAAGAAUUUGCAGAAUAUAAGAUUGAGGGGAAAGUGCUGCAUUUGUUGUUUCCAGAGGGGGUGCCUUUGACAUUCAGUUGUUCCUGAAGGGCUAAACGGAGAUCUAUAAGAAAAGCUUUUGCCUGCAGUAGUGGCUAUUGAAGGGGUUGAUCUUCAUCAUUCACUUGCACAUAUAAAUUGCAGGCUCCUUCCUUUGGUGCUGGAGUGCUGCCUCGUCGUCAUUAUAACUGACCAGCGUCACAAUACUUCCUUCCUGGACCCUUAUGCUCACUUGUCUCGUUUCCGGUUAUAGUUUGGUAUUCUUGAGUUGUGGCAUUCAUAAAGAUCCUGAUUUUGUUGAUAUAUGUGCAAUAGCAAGAUAUGAUUUUUGGCUGUGAAUAGAGCGGGGAAAGAUGGCCAAUGCAGACGAGGAACAACCACAAACGCAACCAACACAGCAGACAGAGGAUUACCUUUUCAAGAUAGUUCUGAUUGGUGAUUCAGCGGUUGGUAAAUCUAACUUGCUCGCAAGAUUUGCUCGAGAUGAGUUUCACGCUAAUUCAAAAUCUACUAUUGGGGUAGAAUUUCAGACCCAAAAGAUGGAAAUUAAUGGGAAGGAAGUUAAGGCACAGAUAUGGGACACGGCCGGCCAGGAGCGGUUUAGGGCAGUGACAUCUGCGUAUUACAGAGGCGCAGUCGGAGCACUUCUAGUCUAUGACAUCAGCAGACGCCUCACCUUUGAUAGCGUUGGCAGGUGGCUUAACGAACUUCACACUCACUCCGACAUGAAUGUGGUAACAAUAUUGGUGGGCAACAAGUCCGAUCUGAAAGAGGCUCGGGAGGUGACAACCGUGGAGGGCAAAGCCCUGGCUGAAGCACAGGGUUUGUUCUUCAUUGAAACAUCGGCUCUGGAUUCGUCCAACGUUACUGCUGCGUUUCAGACGGUAGUGAAGGAGAUCUACAACAUUUUAAGUAGGAAAGUUAUGCAAUCUCAAGAACUCAAAGUGAAAGAUCCGGAUUGGAUGGGAAAUGGGAAAACAGUGGUUUUACAGGCUGAAGAUGAAAACAAGCAGGAAACAGAAGCACAAGCUAAAAAAGGUGGGUGCUGUUCAUCUUGAUUGCUUCAUGCUGCCCACUCUCAUUACCUUUACUCCAUUUUUCUUCAAUUCUCUGAGGAAAAAAAUUCUAUUUUUCUACCAUAAUCUGUAAAUGACUUGGAAGGUGUUACAUCAAGUAUUUACCUUUUUGUUAUUACACUAAUCACUUAUCUUUUGCA